UGCUUCCUCUCGCAGUAUGCUCGUCGCCUCUCUGCGUUAACUGUAGUGGUCGGAUAUCGAAAUUGGUGUACCCUUGACUCGUUUCCCAACCAACAGCCACGACGAAGCUCCCGACACCAACUAACACUUGACCAUCAUUGGCGCUUCCUUGAAACGCCAUGCUGUCUCUUCCUGUGAGUCACGAGUCCAAGAGGAUCCUACAGCUGCUCCUGCUAUUAACUGGAUCCUUGGUCCAUUCCGUAGAAGGACUCUUUGGCCUCCCUGAUUUCCUACAGUAUGGUGCAUGUGCACAGGUCACCCUCGUGGAGAACUUUGAUCCUGUCAAGUAUGGGGGUCUCUGGUUCGACAUAUCGCAUGUCCCCAACAACUACCAGCAGACUAAGGCAUGCAUCACGCAGAACUACACCUGGAUGGGAAAUUACCUGAAAGUGCAGACGGGGGGAUUGACGGACGAGGGAAGGGAGGUGAAGCAGGAUAUGAUGUUACUGCCGGCGGACGAGCUCCCGAGUGCCCCCAACCUAGCCCACAUGAGGGUCAUCGUCGACGGCAUGCCCGAGUCUCCCUACCAGGUUGUCACUACAGACUACAUCAACUAUUCCUGCGUGUACUCUUGCCUGGAGUACUUUGGAUUUCGAGCUGAAUUCAUGUGGUUGUUAGGUCGGAAGCCGAGUUUGUCGGCGAAUGACGGAAUGAAGUGUUACGAUUACUUCACCUCCAUUGGCGUCGACCACACCAAGAUGAAACAGACCACACAGGAGCAGAAUUGUCCCUACAUGGAGAAGCUCGACCAGAUGUUGGAGUCUAAUAGGUUCCUGAUGGCGAGGAACAUGGGCUCUGAAUUACCAAGAGAGGCCAAAGUUCUCUCAACCACCCAACAACCUACAACCACCCUAGCAACCACUCCAGUAACCACCCCAGUCACCACCCAAUCACCCCGCAGCACCCCAGCAACCACUCAGCCGGCUACCAAUAUCAUUCAAACAGCCAGUACACCCAUUGCCAUCUCAACAUCAUCUCGGCCACCUACUACCACUCUAGUGACGGAAAACCAGCAUAAUUUUGCCGUUUCGACACCAGCGCCUUCAGGGAGCUCCCAUGAUAUACCGUUGAAGACGAGGAAGGGGAUUCCAGAAGACAUGAACGAUCAGUCCCCACAGACCGAGCUAGAGGCGUUUGACAGCCUUCAUAUAGUCCCCAGUAGCGACAAAGAGGCGAUGGGACGUGAGAAGAAGCGAAGGUUGGGGAAAGACUCCGUCCAGAACAACUCCGUCACCACCACAGUCACCACCUCCCUCCUGCUGGCUACACUUACCCUACUGCUACUACACUAACCUACUACCUCCCACUAUAACUUAUCAUAUGUUCGUGUUUUAACGUUACAUAAACUGAUCUUCAUCCAUAGGUUUUGUUUCCAAUUAUUACAAGUUGUAUAUAGAUUAUUUCUGUACCAGUGUAAGUCUUUAUCUUUAUUUCCUGCUGAAUUUAACACUCACAGCAUCUGUCCACCAGAUCAUUGUCAUCGCUAAGUAUGUCUUUAUUCCCAUAUUUGUGAAUGUAACGAGAAAGAAAAUGGAAAAGAAAUCAUCUUUUUCCCAACAUCGCAGAUCAUUUAAUAACAGUUUAUCAUAAUUGCGAUACCCUGAAUUGUUUGUUAUGAUGCUAAAGACUCUCUACAUGUAAUUAUUUAACUUGGGUUAAAGAUAAAAUUUCAACGCCUACUAAUGCUGGGACUGUGAAGUGCAGUUUUUUAAUUUGACUCUCAACCAUACAGUAAGUUUAACAGUAACAAACGAUGGCACUUAAGAUGAAAGUUGGGCCUUAUUACCGGUUAUAUAAGGUCCAAUUUUUCAAAAGUGCAUACGAUGUACACAGUAUUCAUCUUUUACCCGUAACAAGAUGUAAGAAUGCAACUAAUCGUAGGGUCAGUUAGAGCACAAUAGUAACGUGAAAAUAUUUUUGUAAAAAAUUAUAUAUGCUAAUUUUGUCUUUUUAGUGAGUUAAGAUACAGGCUCAGUGUAAGUUUUUUACAUUAAUUUUGUGCGUCAACCAGUUACUGUAAGUAUAUUCUUACAUCUUCAUUUAGAAUCCUAAGUGUCUUUAGAGAAAAUCUGAAACCGAUGAGUAGCCUCGUGGGGAACUUUCUUGGUCACAGAUUUAAAGUGUAAGAAAGAGGAAAAGAAAUAAAAAAAUAUUGUUUUAUGUUUGUGUUACUAAUGCAUGCAUGUGGAUUUAUUCUCAUAUGGUGCAGCAGUUCGAAACUUAUUGUUGGUUCCAAACAACUGUGUGCUGCUGUAUGAUGCUAUGCUCUACAGUAGUUACACAGUACAGUACGUUACAUAGCUGAUCAAAGUUUAUAUUUUUGUCUGCUUCACUAAGAGGUGAAUUAAAACAUUCGCCUUUUAUUAUAUACUGUAUUGGAAAGUUCUGUACCUGUAAUUUCUAAUUAAACCUGUAUUUAUAUACAUGAAUAAAUGUAUUUGAAUCAA